AUGAUCCUUUCGGAUGAUGUUGUUCCAUCAAUUAAUAAUAAUAACACUGAAGCAACCACUACUAAUUCUCACAACAUCCAAUCUGACUACGCCAUUUCAGACGAAGACAAAUCUCUCACUAUUGAAGAAUUUCUUUUAAAGAAAGUCAAACUUAACAACGAAGAGCUCAUGCGUAGAAUGAAUCAAAUGAUUGAGAAAAUCCAAUCUGUUGGAGCUAAAAACAUUCGAGAUAUUGAGCAAACAUUCCAAGCGUUGAAGCUCAACAAAUAG